AUGAAGACACCAACGAGAGUUUCAUUUGAAAAAAAAUUACACACACCACCAAGUGGGGACCGUGAUAUUGAAAGAUCACCACCGAAAAAAUUUCUGAGAGGAUUAUCUGGUAAAGUUUUCAGAAAGACACCAGAAUUUAAGAAACAACAAGCACCUACGUUUGGAUGUAUAGAAGAUAGCCAAUUUACCCCCAAUUUUGGUCUAAUGAUGUCCAAAAGAGGUAACAUACCAAAACCACUAAAUCUGUCUAGGCCAAUAUCCCCCCCACCAAGCUUGAAGAAAACAGCAGGGUCAGUAACAUCUGGUCUUUCAAAAACAGGUCAGCUCAGCACUUUACAAUCGCCAGUAAAUAUCACAAGUAGCAACAAUUUUAACAUCAAAGCUACAAAUUUGACAAGUAGUCUACUCCGAGAGUCGAUUUCUGACUCCACAACCAUGUGUGACACUGUUUCAGAUAUCAAUUUUACGGUUAUGGAUGAAGAUUGUUGUAUCGAUGGAGAUUCGUACGAUGAGGAAGAUUCGCCAAUCUUUAUGGUGAGUUUGGCAAGAAACAUAAAAAAAUGCAACUCACAAUCAGGUCCAAAAAGAUACAUAGGUGAGAAAUGCUUGAUCUGUGAGGAGAGUAUCAGCUCCACAUUUACUGGAGAAAAGGUCGUAGAGUUCACAUGUUCGCAUACCAGCCAUUAUAAUUGCUAUUUGAUGUUAUUUGAAACUCUGUACUUUCAAGGUAAGUUUCCAAAAUGUAAAAUAUGUGGCGAAGUGAGUAAGCCGAGGGAUAAAGAAAUUAUUCCUGAAAUGGUAUCCAAACUCCUAACGGGCGCAGGCGCUCGUGAUGAUGGUCUGUCAUCCAACAUGCAGCAACAAUGGAUUGACUUGAAAUCGGCAAGAAGCUUUACUGGUAGUUUUUCUCAGUUUACACCACAAGAUCAAUUGAUUCGUACAGCAGAUAUUUCAUGUGAUGGGUUCAGAACACCACAUUUAUCUAACAAUGAACAACUUGAGACUGGCAGCUACCUUGAUAGCCCAUUUUUGAGCCCUCCACUUAUUAAUCAAUCGAUAGAAACUGACCCUUUUAAUUUGAGCACUAACGAAGAAUUGGAGUGUCAUGAAAUAAACGAAUGCCCUGCUGAAGUAUGGUUUGAAAAAACAGAAAAUGAGCGUGUGAUGGUUAACUUAAAGUUCACUGAAAUGCGUAGUAACGAUGAAUGUGAUGAUUUAGAGGACUUGCAAGAUGUAAAUUCCGUGAACUGCCAAGAACGAGAAGAAACAGAAAAGGAGUGGAAAAAGAAAAUCGACCAAUAUAUUGAAACUAAUGUGGAUAGGGAUAAGGAAUUCGGGAGUUUGGUCUUGUUUGACAAAAUAAUGUAUUCUGAUGAUGGUGACCAAUGGGUAGACAACAACGUUGUAAUACUAUUUUCCAAGUUCUUAGUUUUGUUCGAUUUUGAUGAAAUGAGAAUCCUGGGUAAGAUUCCAAGGGACCAAUUUUAUCAGGUAAUCAAAUUCAAUGAAAACGUACUCCUCUGUAAUCUAAAAAGCACUAAUAUACCUGAGAUUUAUCUACGAUUCAGUGAAAACUGUGAGAAGUGGUUGCUAGCCAAGUGGAAGUAUUGUUUAGAAAACACCUCAUUGGAAACACUGCCAUUGACUGAAAUCGUUUCCACAGUGAAGGAUCUCUGUAAUACCAAUAUGUUCGAUACAUUAGGGGCGCCACCUAAUAUCAUAGCAGCACAAUAUAACAAUUUUCGUCUACCGUGGAAAAAUUUGCAAAACGAGACGCCUUUGAAGCUUAUAGUAAGUCUGAAUUUGUCACAUGCUGGCGGAGAACUGUACCGCAAGAUACUCUUGAAAAAUGUUCAGCAUAUAUUGGAGGGGCUAAACACAGAAGACUUGCUAGGUAUAGUCGUUGUUGGAAGAGAUGGAUCCGGUCAGGUGGGCCCAUUUGGGACUUUCAUCGGAAUGAUAAAUAAAAACUGGGAGGGAUGGACAACAUUCUUGGAUAAUCUAGAAGUAGUUCCUCCUAACGUUUUUCAUGACGAAGAACAACAGUAUAAGGUCACUUUACAAACUUGUGUAAGAUUAGCAUCAACAAGCGCAUAUGUGGACAUAAAUGGCCGCAUUGGGACUCAAUAUGCCAAGCAAAUCUUAGUUCUCAAUGGUAGUGACAUUGCCGGAAUCGAACGUGAUCAAAAAUUGAAGGACGUCUUUGACGAGUUAUCUAACCAUUGGAAGUACGAAAUUUCGCAACGUCGCAUGGCUCCUAUGGAUGCCGGCAUAAAGCAAUUCUUAGAAGAAAUGCACACUAAGCGCUAUUUAAACGUGACUUUUUGCCGACCACAAGAUACAUCCGAGCAAGUCUAUUUGGGGGACAUGGCCGCGGGUGAACUGAAAACGCGUCUAAUGCAUCCAGUUGAGCACCCGCACUCUGACUUGAUGGAAAUAGAAUAUUAUGACCUCUUGAAGCAGCAAAGAACCUACCACACCUUAGGUGUCUCAACUCCUAGAAUUCAAGUGACCAAGACCCGUACUUCGAGGCCAUAA